AUCAGUGAAGAAUGAUGGAGUCUGUUUUAUGCGAAUAUCUUCUGGAUGCUCUGGAUGAUAUAAACACAGAAGAACUGAUGAAAUUUAAAUGGUACUUGAAGAAUUCUUACCAUGUUCAAAGUUCUGAUCUGGAGAAGGCAAAACACAGCACUGAUACAGUGGAUCUGAUGAAGAAGCAUUUUGGACCAGAAAGAGCUGUGAAGAUCACGGUGGACAUCCUGAGGAAGAUAAAACAGAACCAUCUGGCUGAACAGUUGGAGAAGAAACACAAGCAAGCUCAGGCUGAGGGCAGUAUUAAGGGUCCUGACCCCGCUGGAGUGAGUUCAGAACUGAAGAAGAAGGAGGCUGAGGGCAGUAUUGAGGGUCCUGACCCCGCUGGAGCCAGUUCAGAACCGAUGAAGGGAAAGGGAUCCCAGCUCAGCACUUGUCCCGAUCCCAGAGCACUCCCCCCUUCUCUGGCUGGGCUAGGAUUAAACGAGAGUGAGGAGUGGAAGAGAGAUGAUGAAGAACUGUUGAGGAACCGAGGAACCGAUCCCAGGACCAGGAAUGACUUCCUAAAAUUGGAGUAUCUCCUUGAGAGAAUAGGGGAAAUAUCGCCCACUACAGAUGCCGAGGUCAACAAUGAAGCCAUUGCCAGGAGACCAACUCUAAAUAUUCCAGCAGAAACCAUCGAGACGUAUUUAAUGAGAGGUGUAAAGGCUGCGGAAAUCACAAGAUUGUUUGGCGUUUCAGAGAUGACCUUACGCUGUCGAAUGCAUGAAUAUGGAAUAAGGAUGCUGCUGUAA